GUCAAGAAUAUAGCAGCGCUGAUCAGUGGCAGCACUGAACUCCAACAUUCAAGACCCAUAAGGCCAGGCUCAUCCCUCAAAACCCCAAUUUUCUUCCAGUACCGGUAGUUUGGGUGCCUGCAGCUGGCCGUUCAGCUGCAUGCAUUGAAGUCAGCAUUUCAAGUUUCUGCAUCUUUCACGGCUGCUGCAAGGAGGGUCAAUUGGCAAGUCAAGUGUGACACGGUCUUCCACCCCCAGCUCAGUAGCUCGCAGGCCUUUUCCAGGCAGAGUUUCAGGCAUCAUACCACUCCCAAUCAGCUUCAAAGGCUGUGCGCUGCCAUAAUAAACCUGAGCAUUGCAACAUGGCCUCCCCGGAAGCAGAUGACUCCGUAAAGCAACCUGCCAUCGAUUCAGCUGGCGGCACCACCACUUCAGAGCCACCUGAUACGGCACGCCGGUUUAGGGAUAUCAGCGUCCGGGGGCGGGAGCUUCGUAUCUAUGAGCACAGCUCCUUGAUGGACCCGCAGACAGGGCGGGCGCUGACAGGGGCCUGGGUGUGGGACUGUGCUAUCGCUGUCGCAAAGUGGUUUGAAACCCAGUCAUGGCCCCCUGGUUCUUUCAAGGGCAAGCGGGUGAUCGAAGUUGGCGCGGGUACUGGCCUGGUGGGUCUGGCUCUGGCCUCCUUAGGUGCCGACGUGGUCCUCACCGAUCGCGAGGCACUUAUGCCAGGCCUGCGGACCAACAUACAGGCCAACCAGCUGGAGGAGCGGUGUCGAGCCGACGUGCUCGAGUGGGGGUCCGAUGCGAGCCACCUGUUUCCGCCGGUCGACUACGUGGUGGGGUCGGACAUCCUGUAUGACAUGUCCCUCGUCCCUGCCCUCUGUAAAACCUUGCUGGACCUAAGUGGCCCAAACACCCAGAUCAUCAUCGGUUAUGAGCUGAGGUUCGGCACCACGGAGGCCUUCCAAAUUAUGCGGGAGCACGGGCUCGUGUCCGUCAAGGUAGACUACGACAAGCUGCAUCCAGAGUGGCGGAGCGACGAUAUCGGUAUCUUCAUCAUUCGAAGGGGUGAAGCGUCGCCCGCUUCGAGAAAAAGCACGAGUGAAGAUGAGAUGCCAAACUACAACGAUCUAAAUGUCCUGAGCAAAACUUAGAUGAGAAUCUCUAGCGUGCACGGCGCCAAUCGAGAUCAGGAUCGUGCAGUGAAAUGCCAAGCUGGCAAAAUUCGAUGCACAAGAGUUAAGUGGCAAUCAAGGGCAAUGUUCGCCGAAGCUACUCAUUUGGCCCUGCUCGCAAGCUUCACACAAUGGUCU